AUGUCCGCCGAAGCCCCCGCCCCGGCGCAAAAGAAGGGGUUCUUCCACCGCCUGUCAGUAGCUACGCCGAGCAACAACCCAACGGUGUCUCCAAACAAGCUGGGAAAGAAGAAGGACCAAGUCAAGGCUGGGCCGAUCUAUGAAGAGCUGAGCCGUCCCCUCAGUGGGAUGGACAGCGGGCCGAGUGCAUACAGGGAUGGAGCUCAGGGGGGUGUGGCGAGGUCGAAGAGCAAGGACAGGAGUUUCUGGGGAGGGAAUAAAGGACGGUCCAAGUCCAAAUCAAGAGCAUCGACCCCCAACACCAUACCACCUCCCAUGCCAACACCUCCGCCGCAGACAACGCCUAUCGCAGCCUCGUUCGCCAGGAGGCCAGAGUAUGACUCGUCGCCCAGCUCGAGCUACAACAAUCCAGCACCCAGGUCGGGUGAUCUUCAACCAUCCCGUCAUACACCGACAGAAGGGUCCUCGGCGAGAAGACCAGAUACCAAUGCUAAGUCCAAUACUGGAUAUGGCGACGACCCUGGUGCUCCUCCGCCCAAGCAAAAGCUACGCCAAGGUGAUCUCCAACCGACUCGCCAAACACCAGCCCCUGCCAAACCCCUAUACCCCGUCGACCCGAGCUUUAUGCCCUCAGCUUCCGCCUCUGGAUCCUUGGGGGGGCCCUACCCUAGCAUGUCUGGAACACACCCUUAUAAUCAGUUCGCCAGACCUGUUGGGCAACUUGGACAACCUCCAAUGGGAAGCGAUAAUGGACCUUAUCCGACUGUGAAUCGUGCGCCUUCUCAGCUGCAGCAACCACAAUCCUACCAACCCCAACCGGCAUUCAAACCAUUCCGUACUCCUUCCCAAAAUAGAGCCCCUGUACACCCCGCUUUGGCAAGCUCCCCAUCGCCUCCGCCUGUGGCGAGUCCUCCGGGGAGUCAGAGCGGGCAUGGGCAUGGACCGAGGUCGCCGACGUAUGGGUCGCCUGUGGAGAUGCAGCCUGGUAUGGUGUCGUCUGGUAUGGCGGAAGAACGGAGAGAUAGAGAUAGGGGGUUAUCUAGGCAAGAUGGUCGGCCGCACCCGCAACCUCUUAAACCGCAACCUCGUUCAUCCUCCCGAACUCUUACCCAAUCUGAUCUUCGCUCGCCUCCCUCUACCACCAAGCCCCUGGCAUCUCCGCCCCCACCACUACCGGGACAAGGCGAGAGUAUUCCGCCUAUGCCCAGUGUGCCGGGCGUGAGCCCCAGAGGAGCCAGCUUGGGAGCUGCGCCAGGAGCAGCCGUCUCGCAAGAGCACGGCGGACGACGGAGUCGACCCGGGAGCGGCGAUAGACCAGUAGUACCGCCCUUGGUCAUACCCUCAGAUCCUCAUCAACCCCAUCCCCAGGCAUCUCGUCAGCGAACUCCCCAGCCUCCCCCAGAGACACGGCCUGAACCUACAGCUACCCGCUCAGCCCCGCGUGCUCAGCCGACUUCUCGUGGUAGAGAAGAUCACAGGCAAUCACGAUUCGACGAUGCGCUCACAGAUGACACCCACCCCUUGCCUGAUGCGCCUCCUGCGUAUACACCUUCGCCUACGAUUGUUGCGCAGAACCCGAAAGAGAGGGAGAGGUAUCAGCCUCCGGUUCCUACGCUUGAAGCGCAUCAGGCAGAAGCGAGUAGGAUGAGGGGGGUGGUAGCGCCGAAUUUGCCUCCUGGGGCUGCUGCUCCUGAGGCAGCUUCGCCUAUAGGCCCUAGCGGGCAGGCGUGGAGCCUGGGAAAUGCGAUGGGGCCAUCUGCUCAAACAGCCGAUCCUCGAGCUCAACUGCUAUCUAAUCCCCCAGCUGCAGCUCAGUCCGAUAGGCAGAUGGAGAGAAUACCGCCGAGUCAAGUUCAGCAGGUUGACAGACACCAAGGUGAAUCGCCCCGCAGAAAACCUGUUCAACCUGCUCAGCCACACCCGCAUUCUCGCAAUGGAACGCCGGGUCCCGCGAAAGAGAUGAGCGAAGCUAGCAAGUACGCUCAAUCGGUAGCUGCUUCUAUCAAACACGAAGGGGUCUCCUCAAACCCUUCUUCGCCUACACCUUCUGCAGCGAUUGUGCAACCCAGGCAGCAGCAAGCGCAAGUGCCUUCUGAUCGCACUCCAACUCAUACUCCCACGAGGGACAAGGAUAUGGAACGACGCUUUAGGCACGCUGCGAAUGCUUCUAUCCGGUCAGUGAAUAGCGUGGGGAAAGAUGGAUCGCCGAACAGGAGGCCGUUACCCCAGCCGCCUACUUCUGCCUCUGGCUCGCCUGCUGUGUCACCUGUACGGGCGCCGCAAUUGCCGCCCAUCCAGACUCAAGGUCAGGGGCAGAGCGUGGGUCAGCCUAAUACCGGGGUCGCUAUGGGUUCGCCCUUGAAAGACAUGGCUUCGCCUACUAGGCCAAACUUUGCUGCUCCUCCAAGCGAAGUGAGGUCUGAAAUGAGGUCCCCUGUUGAGGAACGUGUGAGCAGGCGCGAUGUCGAGAGAGGGAGGACAAUGAGAUCGCAAGAUAUUCCACCUCCUGUCGAAAAGUCAUUCUUGGCAGUCGCUCCUACACCCGAACCCAAGAAGAUUGCUCCCUCUAUCGAACCUCAGCCCCAGCAGGUCACCCCAAUCCAGAACAAGCACAUCCAAAAGCCCAAAGAGUCGCCUCUCGCGUUUGACUUUCCUCGUUCGCCCACUUUGCCGCCCCUCCUUGAUCCUCGAAACAACCCCAACAGCUCGAGUGUCGCCACUUCGCCUCUAGCGAGCCCGUCUACGGCGGGGCUGGAGACUGGGAGUGGGGCUGAAGAGAGGGAUCCUAUUGCCAGAUGGGCAGCAUCGGAUGAAAAGGAGAGGAUGAUCAGGGAGAUGGAGAGGGAGGAGAGAGAAAGGGAAAGGCAGAGGAAGGAAAGUGAGCGAUCUGGAAGGAGCGCGGCUAGUGGCAGGAGCGGGCAGAGUUCAUUAUCUCGUGAGACGCCUUUGGUCAGUACCGAACUCCCUGCCAGAGGAGUGUCCCCACAGUCUUCUCAAAGCCAGUUGGGCUACUUCCCACCACCGCAACAGCAAGUGCAGCCGGGAAGGCGUACGGUGUCUUCUCCUCUGAAUGGAAGGAACAGUCCGAGAAUCACGUCGCCUUUGAGCGUAUCUUCUGGCCAAGAUAGACGAUGGCCCGGGCAAGCGCCAGAUGUGCAAGGGAGCCGGGCUGUCAGCCAGCCUCUGCCCCAGUCGUCGUCCAUUCCCACCCUUCCUCCACUAUUGUCCAUGGACGCUUUUCAAGAGGUAAAACCCAGGGGAGAGCGACCGCCAGCUACCCUCACGUUCAUCCUCCUAUAUACCCCUAUCCAGUCCAAUUUGCUACAAUACCUGAGCAUCAACUCGUUCUUGAGUCUUACUGGCGCUUCAGAGGCUGUCAAUAGGAGGUUUAGCGGAGAGAUGGUGGGGAGGUGGAUUAUGCGGGAAUGGGGAAUGUCUGUUGGAAAGAAGAAGGGCAGUUAUGCCGGCAAUGUUGCAUGGCCGAAUCUGACGGUUUGGGAGGGAUUCCUGGAAUCCCUUUUGCAUGACCCGGCGAGCUACAGCACUUAUCCCGAGCAGUGGCACCAUCUCUUAAAGCACCUCUCAUUGUCGCAUACGCUCGUCGUUUUGCAUCUGCGAUCUCUCCCUCAGGACCUCUUCCCCAGUCCCCCACCGCAGCCUUUCGAUGACGACGCUGGUUCGAUCGCAGGCGGUAUGCCCAAUCUGCCUUUCUCAAGCUCUCGAGGUAGCUUGAGCAGCCAAGGGAGACAGUCGCGGGUUGGAAGCAUGGUUGGGCUGGAUGCCGCUUCCGACUCUCUCAAAAUGCCCAAGGCCGAGAGGAUUGUUGAGCUCAUCAUGCCCGAGCCGCUAGCCGCGCAACCCAGAGACGAGUCGCCGACAAAUACCCCAGCUUCUAAAAAGUUCCCGCCAUUGUCCAACUCGUCCGUAGCGGCUGCCAAGCUGCGUCGACGGGGUAGUGUGACGAGUUUGACUUCGACAGCUUCUAUGCCUUUCUUGAGGAGCAAAAAGUCUAGUUCGGGGAGCAGUGCUGCAAGCAUCGCAAACAUGCCGUUCCACAACCCUGCGGAGCCGAUGCCUCCCAGUGGAAAAGCUAGUCUGCCGCCGGUGAGCUAUCCUACCGCCAAGCGAUACGGAUUCAGAAGCCACGGAGAUCCCACGUCUAAGCGGACGAGUCAGUCGGAUAGUCGACCAAGCUCCAUCUUCUCUGUGCAGAGCUCUGCGUCCAUGUCUCAAUUGAACAACAUCAAUAGAUUGGGCGGCAGCGGAGCUUCGUCUGCAAGCUUUGCCGUGGAUAGGCACGCUCCGCCAGUACCUGGCUUCCCCGCCAAUCUGCCGUUCCCUCCUCCUAUCGGCGGUGGGGCUGGAAAGAGAGGUAGUUUCUCCUCGAGCAGUGACCUUGGCAAAUCUAGUCGCCGAUCCGACUACGGUGGCAACUCUCCCGUGGACGCAAUCAACAGGCAAUUCUACACUCCUUCUCCUGUCGUCAAACGUAUCGAACCAGCCUUCGACAAGCCCAUUCCCUACAUUCUGGGUCGCGCCCCGAUACUACGGGUGUUCGUACCUCUUUCACAGACGGUGCAGAGGUGGCCUUCGAUCGAGGGAGCUGCUGCUGCGGUGAGGGAGCUUGAAAAGUGCGGCGCGAUGAAACGGUUGAAGUUGGGCGACCUGGUGGCAAAUACUGCUAUCAAUCACCCAAAGACCACGGAGCACGUCUUGAUCUACGUUCCCUAUGCUCAACAUCAGCUGCUACCCCUCUCCUAUGCCUUCUCGGUUACAGGAACCUUGCCAAUGAACAUCGACGCGUUCAAGCUACCUCCCUCCUACUACUUUACCUUCCUCCCAGUCACUCAAAUCAUCUACCUCGACCUCACGCCUUAUGGACGGGAUGCUCUAUCAUCUCUGAGGCUGGCGUACGAUAGGCGAGAUAUGACGGUGUCGAGCGGUGCGAGGGUGAAUGCGAAGCGUUACUUGCAUAUUGCUGGAUUUGAAGUGCGUGCUGGUACGGGUGCGGAUGCUGCUUGGGAAGGAUUCGUCAGUCUUGAAGGAGAGGGUACGGCGGAGGGAAAGAGGGAUAUUGAGAAGCGAUUGGUAGGCGAUGGUAGAGGUGGUAGGCCGGUCAUUGGGGCAUGGGAGAUUGUAAGGGAGAAGUGCAUGGUUGGGAAUAUAUGGUUGAAGUUGGUCAAGGAGGAUCAUUGA